AUGGCUAGUUACCUUAGUCUUGGUUGUUUUUCGUUGCGCACAAGGUACUUAGACUUGGUUCGACGAGGCACAGAAACUCGUAGCUCCGCCCGGCACAGAAAAUUCGCUGCUCCACCCGACACAGAAAACUUCCGGCUCCGCCCGGCACAGAUAUCGUCGGGAAAACUAGGUACGGAAAACACGCAGCCCCGUCCUACACAGACCUCGUCACGGAAAACAGGCACAGAAAAGCUGCAGCCCCGCCCGGCACAGAAAACUCGCACCUCCGCUCUACGCAACACACAGUCACCAGCCACGCCCACAAGCCGUCACGCGCAUACAGCAUCAGCAUCGCGACAGUCAAGCCAAACCACGCCAAAAACCCCGCGCCCACCUCGCCCACACACAUACAACCACACAACCACCCUAACCCCCUCCCCCCCUCGCGCACAAAUCCAACACAGCAACCACACCUCAUCCAAGCCUACAACAAGCCCAGAAACGCAAAGCACAAGCACAAAAUCCCCAACAGCAAAGAGCGAGCAAUCAACAAACUCACGCAUUACACACACUUACCACCCUACCACCGCAUCCACCAGCGCAGCGCACCGCGCUCGCUCGUUUCCUACCUCGGGACGUACCGGCGGCUCGCCCGCCCGCUCGCCAGUCCGUAUCGUAAGCAAACUCAAAAGCGAAAGUAAAAGCGAACGCAAAACUAGAACUAAAAGCAACGUCAACGCACAGCGCCCCCACUUUUCCCCGCAUCCGACCCCGCAUCCGUUAUCCAGUACCAAGGCGCCGGCUCGCGCCAUCCAAUCUCAGCAAAGUAGGCCGUUCCUCGGCGCUACUUCGUCUGCGUCUAAGACAGGCAAGUCGAUCGCCGCCGGCCGGGCGGGUGUGGCUGUAGCUGCGCGACCGUACAAGGCCGGGCGGCUGCGGGUACGGGCGCUUACGUGAGACGUGAUGCGUGCGUGCGAUUUGACGGGUCGGGCUGGCUGCUGUGGCGCGUGCGAUUCUACGGGCGGGGGAGCGAUCGCGAUCGCGAUCGCGCGUCGUGGCGGCGCUGGGUUGGAUUGCGUCAGCAGCAGUAGGUACAGAAACUCGGUUCUGUGCCGGUGUAGAGGCGGAUCUGUGCCGGUUUGCAGGCGCAAAAUCAGGCAGAUCAGGCAGAUCAGGCAGGAACAAAGAAACCGUGCCAGGCAUGGCCUGCCUAGGUACGCGUAAGAACGGUACGCGUAUAUCUUGGUCUACUGUCGCUGCUACAGCCUAGGCACCUGGUAAGUAAGCAAGCCAGCUAGCUAGUUCGCGACGACGCACACAUGCAC